AAGAACUUCACUUGCACCCUCUGUAAGAAGGGCUUCCGUCGUAUGGAGCACCUGAAGCGCCACGUGCGCUCUUUGCACACGAUGGAGAAGCCGUACGAAUGCUAUAUCUGCAAGAAGCACUUUUCGAGGAGUGAUAACUUGACGCAGCAUAUGCGCGUUCAC